AUGGCAAACACUUAUGUCACUGCAUCUGAUGGGUACUGUCUUGCUGAACAAGUACAGUACUAUGAUAUUUGGCCAGAGCAAAUCAAUUAUCAGUUUUACAACCCUGAUUUCCAAGAAUCACCUUAUUGUCAGUAUUCUACAACUCAGUUGCCUCCAGCUUUUCAGCCUCAGUCUUUACAAAGUCAUUUCAACACUUGUAGCUUGGAUCCACAGUGCAAUGGUGAGGGACAAUGUGCACUUGGUUUCUAUGAAUCAAACAAGUCCACUUACAUGACUGCUCAUGAUGCUGAAGACGGAUACCUUGGAAUAAAAAGGUCUAGAUCAACUUAUUCUUCCUUGCGAAUUAGGAGACCAGAAGAGCUUUGUGUCGUUUGUGGAGAUAAAGCAUCAGGAUAUCAUUAUAACGCACUUACUUGUGAAGGUUGCAAAGGUUUCUUCCGACGCAGCAUCACCAAAAAUGCAGUAUACAGUUGCAAAAAUGGUGGCAACUGUGAAAUGGACAUGUACAUGCGUAGAAAAUGUCAAGAGUGCAGACUGAGAAAGUGUAAGGCAGUAGGAAUGCUGGCAGAAUGCUUGCUUACAGAAAUCCAAUGUAAAUCAAAGAGACUUCGAAAGAACUUUAAGCAGAAGAACUGCUUUUACUCUAACAUCAAAGUGGAAGAGGAAGGGGAAGACAACAGACUUGUAUCGUCCACCACAAGAUCUGGCAAAGUAGUUCAGGAGAGCAUGGAACUAACUCAAGAGGAACAUCAGCUUAUUAAUACCGUUGUGGUUGCUCAUCAAAAAUACAUGGUUCCUUUAGAGGAAACAAAGAAAUGCCUGCAGCAAUAUGCAAAUCCUGAAUUGAACUUUUGGCAACUCUCAGAGACAGCAAUGCUACACAUGCAUGGAUUAAUAGAUUUUACCAAGGCUCUCCCAGGAUUUGAAAAUCUGGCAAGCGAGGAUCAGACUGCAUUACAGACAGGGUCAAAAACUGAAGUGAUGUUCCUUCAUGCAGCUCAGCUGUACGGUCAGAAAGAAUCAGACUCUGCAAGUAAAAAAGCCUUCCCUUUCAAUUUCAUGUUACCAUUAACUUUAGCAGCAAAUUAUACAAUCUAUCCAACACAUGUACUGAAUCUUCCCAAUCAGAGCGAUGUUAGAAGUGUUAUUUAUUCUACAGAAAAAAAUUGCAAUGAGGAUUGUCCUUCUACUAGUUUAAGUGGUAUUACUGGAGAAUUUAUCACCUCGUUGUUUCACUUCUAUAGAAGAAUGAGUGAACUUAAUAUAACUAGUACUGAAUAUGCUCUGCUUACAGCAACAAUUGUUCUGUUUUCAGAUCGUCCAUGCAUUAAAAAUAAGCAACUUGUGGAAAGUUUGCAAGAACCAGUUUUACAAAUUUUGUACAAAUAUUCAAAAAUUUAUCACCCGGAAGACCUACAGCAUUUUGCUCGCCUCACCGGGAAGCUCACAGAGCUGAGAACGCUGAAUCACAACCACUCAGAGAUACUUAGCAAUUGGAAAACAAAGAAUCCCAAAUUGACUGCUUCCUUGUCUGAGAAAUGGAAUUUGUAUUCAUAUUGUUGA